AUGGGUUCGAUGCAACAACGGAUGAAGGAACUUAACUGCGUGGACGUGACACCGCCAGAUUUACCGGUGACCGACGAUCACACUAAGACCAAACGGUUCUUGGCCAAACCCGAGUCGCUAGACUCGCUGGCAUAUUCCGAUUCAGAACUGUCGUGGAGAAACGAGUACACGGACGCCAACAGCAACAACACCAAGCCGCUGCUGGAUUUCAUGGCCCUUGACGGGAGUAACGAAUUCUCAUCUCCCAACGGCAGUCAAGACAGCCGCACGUACAAAAACAAAUACAACGACAGCGUGGAUUCGGUUUCGAGCGCAGUGCAAGACAGCGAUCAAGAUCUAACCAUCAAAUCAAAAGGGUCAGUUGUUCGGUGGCAUAGUUUUCAAAAGACCAAAAAUCGGCCCAAUUCCUUGGCCGGACAAAUGGUCGGGUCGCUCACGGUUGGCCAGCUGUUGGUGUUGCGGAAGUUCACUCUUCUCAAGCUGACUGCCAUAAUAGAACGGUAUUGUCCGACACACCGGACCGGAUGGAACUGGGAAUUGCCCAAGUUUAUGCGCAAAACCAAAAUGCCCGAUCCCAAAGAUAAGACCGUUUUCGGAGUUCCGCUGAUCGCCAACGUGCAAAAAUACGGUUCGGCACUGUCACCGUUCGUCCAGUAUGCUUUUCGGUGGCCCGAAGACAACGCUCUCGACCACGUGGGGUUGUUCCGGAAGCCUGGCGUCAAAUCCCGAAUACAGCGCCUAAAGCAACUGACCGAAGCCGACCUGGAGGACGUGAAGUUCGAAAACAAUCAGGCCUACGACGUGGCCGACAUGGUGAAGCAAUACUUCCGUGUGUUACCGGAGGCCAUUAGUAGUUAG